CAUUUGAAAAAGUUUAUCUUCACCAAACUCGAAUUCAAAACCAUGUUGGGCACAAUGGCAAUGCGUCAACCCGAAAACUGGCUCUAUGAAAUUUGGCAAAAGGGCUAUGACAGCCCCUGCUAUGUUAUGGUGCCGAAUGCAAAAGAUCUCGUCAAAUCCCAUUUGAUGAUAGCCGUUCGCGAAGAGGUCGAAGUACUCAAAGAAAAGAUCUCCGAGCUGAUGGAUAAAAUCAAUCAAUUGGAAGUGGAGAAUACCAUCCUGAAGGCUAAUAUGUCGCAAGAGACGCUACAACAGUUGCAGAUGCAAAUAACCGGUACGGCAACACCGAACAAUAUGAUUGCGGCAGCACCAACGCCCACACCACCGGCAGCAACAGUGGCAGCGGCCAAUGCUAUAGCCGUGGUGGCCAAUACAAAUGCAUUGGUGGGCAAUCAGCAGCAGCAGCAACAACAACAGCAGCAAAUUGCUGCCAUAAAUGCAGCAAAUACAGGCAGUGGUACGGCCACACCCACAACAGCAACAACACAGACAGCAGCGGUGGAAAAUGUUGUCAAUGUUGAACAACAGCAACAGCAGCAG